UGUUGUAAAACAUGUCGCAUAAACGGUCCUUGGGCUUUUAUCCAAAUCAGAGCGCACACUACAAGACAUGGACGGCAGAUUUGAACUACUGGACGAGGAAGUGAAGAACUUAAGCUCUGAUCGUGUUGAAACUUUCAGCUCCGAUUCCACACCCGCAAAACGGAUUAAAAGAGCAAAGAACACACGUGUUGCUGAGGCUGUAAGACGUUUACACAAUUCUGAAAACAACGCUAUGAAGCUGGAUCCAAAACAAAGUAUCAAUUCUCCACAUAACCUUGCAGUUACGACAUACAUGUUGGAGCAGGUCGGCAUUGCUUUUCCUGACACAGACAGCGACGUGAUAACAGCUGCUUGCAAGACUUAUUUUGAGUCUUUGAAAAGGAGCCAUCGUCUCGAUCAGCCAGAAAAUGCUCCCCAGAAAAAGAAAUUAAACAAUGCAAUGAAGACUAGACAACGGAAAACAAGGUUGCUGGCCUCCAGGGCUAGAUGUGUACAGACUCCCGCUGAAAUGGCUGUGUGGGCGCAUGCAACCGUUGACCUGAUGUCAGAAGAAGAAGAUGGCGUCGUAGAUGGACGGGCGGUGUGGAUAGUUUCACCUCCACCCCAAAGAGACGAGGAGCUUUCUGAUUUGUGCCAGGUGCUUCAGCAGAGGAAAGACAAGCAGAGUGCAGGGAGACAAUGGCUCGUUUUUAGCUCUGUUAAACUCUUAAGUUGACCCGUUUGGUAGAGGAGCAGGGGCCAUUCAGAUCAAACUGUAACAAAAAAAAAACUGCAAGAGAGAGAAGUGCUCACUGACUGGACUUAGUUUUGAUCUCUUCGUGGGAGAUUUGCUUUUAAA